CGAACAACAACGAUUUUGGGGGAGAUCGUCUCAAACGAAUCUUCAUCGCAUUGCAAUAAUGUAUCGUGGGAGCUUAUUGACCUUGGAGUAUAUACUGAUACACUACUACUGAUGAAAUGAUGUUCUUCUCCAACCUUACUUCAACAUGGUCGCCGCGUUCUUGUUGCUCGCUCUGCCUGCUCUCUCUGCCCGUGUCUGCUCACCCGAAACAUGCUUCGAUGGAGAACCGGCUUCUUCCAUCCUGGCGAUGGAUUCGGGCGAAGAGGUGUAUCUCACGCCAGGGUCUUACUCCGAUUCGAACCUCAACAUCUCAACAUAUGACAUCGUGACGGUCUCAGGAGAACGUCCGAGAUCAUCAGUUGUGCCACCACCCUCAACGCCCUUCUUCUUCAGCUCAGCGGACUAUGCAGGAUCGGUCUCCCAACUCCACCAUUGGGAAAGCGCGUUCUUUCCAGAUGGUUGGUACGGUCUCGUCAGACCUGGCGUCGCAAUCUGGGGAAGCGUACCAAAAGUCAGGGAUCUGCCAAUCACAGUGGAUCAAUUGGCGCUGGUUGGAUCUACCGCUUGUGCGACUCCUUGUGGACCAGGUGGAGCAUGUACGCCAAAUGCCAAUAAUACCGCUGGAACGUGUGUCUGUCUACCUGGUUGGACUGGAGAACUAUGCGAUACAUGUAUGAAAGGAUUCUUUGGUCCGACAUGUCAAUCUUGUGAGGCCAAUUGCACGGUCUGCGAUGAUGGGCAAGGAGGCACAGGUGCAUGCCUCGGAGCAGACAAGAGUCCGACAGCGUGCAACUGUGCCCACGGUUCGUGUACGCCGUCUGGAGGAUGUGAUUGUGCCGCUGGAUGGACGUCGACCGUUACGAGCAGUACCUCGACCAGAUGUUCGACCUGCUCCGAUGGCUUCUUCCAGAAUGGCGACGACUGUCAAGCGUGCCCACUUGGAUGUACUUCGUGCGAGCUUCGACCCGGUUCCGUCACGCCGACCUGUACAUCCUGCAGGCAAUCCCUUUCCUUGACAUCCUCUGAUCCACCCACUUGCGCACCAGCGGCGGAUUGCGGAGAUGGGCUAUACUGGGAUGCAUCAAGUUCCUCCUGCCAAAGCUGUUCGCCUGCUUGUAUAUCAUGUAAUGGACCCGAAACGACGGAUUGUCUCGCCUGCGCUCCCCCUCGAAUCGCUCUUCAAGGAUCAUGUGUAGGAUACGACGUGACCACUGGGGUCUGCGAAUCGAGUCUCAGCGGACUGACAGGGGUGUUCGUGGCCAAUAAUGCAGAUUCUCAGUGCGAUGCGUGCCCGGCCGGCUGCAAAACAUGUACAAUUCCUUCAUUCUCCUCCAUCGCCUCGUAUGACACGCACAUUUGUCAAACUUGUCAUGAUGGAUACCUCAUGCAAGGUAGGAAAUGCGUCGAGACAUGUAGCGAUGGGUUCUACGCAGUCAACGGUACCACAUGUCUACCGUGUGAUGCGACUUGUACGACAUGCGUCGGGACCGCUACAACAUGUACACGAUGCCAAUCUGGUCUCGCCUCAAACGGUCAAUGUGUCGACGCGUGUCCCGCCAACGCGUUGCCGUCCAACGGAACGUGUCUGCCCUGUGCCACAGACUGUGCCAGCUGUUCUUCACCUCUCUCAUCGACAUCUUGCACCGCAUGUCCCAGUACUCGGCCCAUCUUGUCAAAUGGUCGAUGUCUCACGUUCUGCCCUAUGACUUCCUACUUCGACCCUGCCACCGCCUCUUGCAAACCAUGUGACGCGGGCUGUGCAUCGUGCACGGGACCAAGCACCUCGGAAUGUACAUCAUGUCGUGGAGGUCAAUUCUUAUCUGCGGGAUCAUGUUCCGCUGCCUCGUGCGGGAAAGGCGGCAUCGCCCCUGACCUCGGUCUCUGCCUCGCGGCUCUCGUCAUUCAAGGCGGUGACCGAAAGCUUGCAUUCAUCGCUAUUCCUAUCCUCUUCAUCAUCGCUUUAUCACUCUGGUGGUGCGUCAGGAGACAACGGAAGAAGCGCCAACAUGAAAGUGCUGCGUUUGCCUUGCGAUUUCGAGGUCAACAGUUGAUGGAUCGAUUGAAAGCCAUCAAAGCCAAUACGAUUCUAGGCAUGAAUCGUGUCAGACCGGAAGAACGGGAGGAAUUCGACAUGGUCACGGCAAAGACCAAGAAACCAGGCACAUGGGACAGUUAUAUGGACCUCGAUCACGCCGACAGAAAAGGGCGAGAUAUCUUGCCACGAAACAAGGGCAAAAGCAAAGCACCCGAUGUCGAAAGUGUCUCUCAUGGGUUUGCCCCUCCACCGCCUUAUUACCCCGGAUCAGCUGGUCCUCCCAUCGUGGGAUUAGGCGAUUCCAAGACGAAGAUUGUAUCUAUGGGAUCGCCGACGUCUCCAGAUUAUCAGCCUCGAACGUUGAGACCUCCACCCAGACCUCAUCGGGCACUUGCGAGUGAUCAGUCAAUCAGAACGUUGCAUCGGGUUGGCCAGGAUUCCCAUGGAGGUUUUGAUCAAGCUUUCGAUGAAGAGGAGAUGAGAAUGGGCGUGAGGAAGAGUCUCCCAGAUGUGCCUUAUUCACCAGUGUUUGGGGCGAUCAACGGCGAGAGGGCGCCUCAUGGGUGGAUAUGAGGGAAAGGGAUUGAAAUAGCAUUAAAGAGCUUGUACAGAAUGAAAGCUAUGAUCUUGCGGGAUGACCAAACCUCGGGUAGAGUGGGUUCGUCGGCGAGAUGCCGACAUCACUUGACAGAGAGCAGUCCCUCUUUCGUCCUUGAC